UUCUAGUAAUAUGGAUCAUGGAUCGGGAUCAGUUGUCUGAGUGGAAUGCACCCAAAGAUUUGAUCUCCUCCAUUAACGGAUAUCGGGAAUUCUUCAAUUUUGAACGUAUCUCAGAGGAACGAACUUGGAUACCGGCGGCUGAAAUCUUUAAAGUGUGGUUGUGUUCGUUUGUUAAUUUCUUUGACAAACGCGUAAAAGUGUUGUUGCUACGCAGUCAAUUCGGUGAAAUAGCCUCUAUCGAGUACACGCCGUUUACUAAAAGAAGGCUAGCAAUAUGGCUGUCAACGUCUAUGCAACAAAUGUUACAACGGAGAAUCUGAGUCGACACGAUAUGUUAGCCUGGGUGAAUGAUUGUUUGCAAUCAUCAUUCAACAAGAUCGAAGAGUUAUGUACCGGUGCUGUUUACUGUCAAUUUAUGGAUAUGCUUUUCCCUGGUAGUGUACCUUUGAAGAGAGUUAAAUUCAAAACUAACCUCGAGCACGAAUACAUACAGAAUUUCAAAAUUCUUCAAGGAGGUUUCAAAAAGAUGAAUGUAGAUAAGAUUGUUCCAAUUGAUAGGCUGGUGAAAGGCAGAUUCCAAGACAACUUCGAAUUUUUGCAAUGGUUCAAGAAAUUCUUUGAUGUAAACUACUCCAGAACAGAACCAUACGAUGCACUUGCUAUGCGAGGAGGAGAGCCCAUGGGUAGUGGUGGAAGUAAUGCAUCGCACGGCACUAACGUAAAACGCGCCACACCACGCGAUGCAAAUUCGCCUAAAUCAGCUGCUCGUAUUGGUGAGGGAACUGCGCCUCCUGCACUUGCAGCUAGUACCAAGUCUAUAAGCCAUAAUAUUAACAAAGUUGUUCCAACCCAUCGCCCACAAGUGAAAACAGCGGCAAUUGGAAAUCGUGGAGAUCCUGGAAAAGUUGAAGAGCUCAGUGCACAGGUGAUGGAGUUAAAAAUGUCACUCGAAGGAUUGGAGAAGGAAAGAGAUUUCUAUUUCGGUAAAUUACGCGAUAUCGAAGUUAUGUGCCAAGAUUGUGAUAAUCCUCCGCCAAUAAUAAAUAAAAUCUUAGAAGUCCUUUAUGCAACGGAGGAAGGAUUUGCACCACCUGAAGAAUUAGGGGACGGACUCGAGCCCGAUGAUACGGAAGAAUAUUAACUUCUCUUUUUGUACAAUCAUUAUAAAAAGAAUAACAGCAAAUUGUCCAAGUGCGUUUCAGUUUACUAUGUUUGUGAGCCAGUAUCAGUACCCUUUGCAUAAUUAAUAAGCUACUUUGUAUAGCUAUUUAAGCAUUUACGCCUUCAUUUUGUUACAAAGUUCACCGAGUUCAUAGAGAUUCGUACGUAAUUAGGAUAGAGAUACGUCGAAUAAUGCACUCGUAUAAGUUGUACUCUACAGGAAGUAAUUGUUAAGAACGAAACAGAGUUAGUAAUUUACAUAUUCUCAUAGUUCUUUAUCGUAUUACAAUAAUGGUAGAGCUUCGAACAUCGACAAGUCUCGAAAUACUAAGACAAAAAAAAAAAAAAUUAUCGAUGCAGAUAUUUAACGAUCAUCUGGGUCUAGUUUGUUAUACAGUGAUUUUAUGUUAACUAUGUUCAUUAACGUGUGGAUGUUUUUGUUUGUAUAUGCACUACGUUUUUAUCGGUAAAUAGGGCAAUCGAUCUCGUUGGUUUGUCCUUUCGUACCUCGCGUAAUUCUCCGAAACAUAGAUCUUCUAUCAUGCAUAUUUAGUGCUGUUCAACUCGUUCAAGCCAUUUACCUCGUGCAAUUAUGCAACAUGAAAGAUGUACGUAACUGAUUGUAAAGAAUAUUAAUUUUGUCAACCGUAGAACGAAAGAAUGAUGUAUAUUAAAGCUGAUACGAAACGCAUUAAAAUUGAAUUUCACAAGUUUUAUAAAUAUUUCUCAUCUUCGAUUUUAUGUAUGUCUUCACUUUAAACGCAUAAUUAUAAACUUGCAAAUGCAACAAAAAAUGGCAACUGAAAAUUUUUAAUGUACAUUUCUUCGAAAUAGAAUACAAAUAUAAUAAUUCACUUCGGUUCCCGGCAUUAAUUUUUGGAGAUGCAACAGAUAGUCUUAUGGUUCGUUGAAUUUUAAUCGAUGCGUGAGUUUAUUUGCAUAUUAUUGGUUGCGCGCGAAAGAGUGGUACUGCCAUCUUUGCAUCUCCAUGGUCCGUCUUUCAAGAUAAGAAUGGCCUUAAACAGCGAUAACAUUGAGAUUACAGAGAAAACUUGAAUUAUUAGAGCAAACGCAAAGUAUAUCCGGAUCCUCCGAUAAGUACGUUGCAAAAUCGCGAAGCAACGGAGCGCUUCGCUUUGGAAAAUUUGUAAAAUUAUGUAGCCAGAGUGUAUGAGAAACAACGAGCGAAAGUAAUUUGGCGCGUAAGCGACCUGUAUGCACAUAUCUGCUAUGUGUGUAUGGCUGGUGUACCUCUCGAAAUCGUCAGUUCACUUACAAAGACAAAUUAUGUAUCGAUUUUAGGUUUUUAAGAAUCGGAUUAACUAUAAGGAACGCGGCGAAUAUUGUUACUAUCGUUUGAGUAGGACGCGAAUCGCGCUACGAACGGCUGGUAACGACGGAAGAUGACACUUUAACUUGCGCUACGCCAUUGGUCUAUAUGUGCGUAUUCACUGAUCAUUGCGCGAACGUGCUUCAAAAUUGAAACUUUAUUGGUGAGGUAAUACACGUUUAAUAGAAUUCAA